GAGAGUCGCGGCAACGCUGGAUGCACCUCAUCAGCCAUUCUUGAAUCUGCUGUUUGCUUCGCUCUUCAACAAUGACAGCCUGUUUAGAUGCGUUUGUUUACGCGACAGCGACUGAAUUUAAAUUAGCAACAACACAUUAACGACCACAAUAAUUAGUGCACUAACGUAGAAGAUGGCAUCAUCCCAAGAUGCCUGGUACCUGUCCUUGCUGGGACUCGCUGAGCACUUCCGUACGUCCAGUCCGCCGGCGAUCAAGUUUUGCAUCCAAUGCCUCCAAGCUGUGUUUACCUUCAAGCCACCUCAAAGAGUAGAGGCCCGUACUCAUUUACAACUAGGAAAUAUUCUUUUAACGCAUACGAAAAACUCGGAUCUUGCUCGAACACAUUUAGAACAAGCAUGGAUGUUAUCACAAAUGAUCAAUGGAUUUGAUGAUGUUAAGUUUGAAGCAGCAAGUGUACUUGCUAAUCUCUAUGAACAACAAAAGCAAUCGAAUUUAUCAAAACCAAUACUUAGGAAAGCAAUAGAAUUGUCUCAACACAAUGUUUACUGGCAUUGUCGACUGAUUUUUCAGCUAGCUCAAAUACAUGCAACUGAAAAGGAUUAUCAAGUUGCAAGUAGUUUACUCUCAGUGGGUGUUGAUUAUGCACAUAUUUCCAAUGCAUAUUACACUAGAGUAUUAUUUCUACUAAGCAAAGCUAUGUUGUUGUUAAUAGACAAGAAAGUUUUGGAUGUCCAACCAGUUUUAAAUCAAGCUGGAUCUUUAAUUGAGCAAUGGUCAGGGGGUGUGUAUCAAAAGGAAUAUUUGAAAGUAUACUUUUUAGUGCUACAAGUUUGUCACUAUUUAAUGGCUGGCCAAGUAAAGAGUGUCAAACCAUGUUUGAAACAACUGCAACAAAGUAUUCAGACUGUUAUGGCUACAGAUGAACCAACUGGACAAGCACCUGGUGAUAUGUUUUUGUGGUUGCCAAAGGAACAUUUGUACGUUUUGGUAUAUUUAGUGACUGUUAUGCAUAGUAUGCAAGCAGGCUACAUGGAAAAGGCACAGAAAUACACAGACAAAGCACUUAUGCAAAUUGAAAAGCUAAAAAUUGUAGAUAACAAGCCAAUAUUAUCGGUGUUUCAACUAAUGCUCCUAGAAAAUAUAAUAAUGUGUCGACUGGUGAUGGGAAACAAAACGCAAGCGCUUCAGGAAAUUGCCCAAGCAACGGCCAUCUGCAACCAGAGCCAGUGGUUGGUGCAGACACACGGACCGCAAUUACAUACUCUGCUGGGUUUAUAUUCGAUGAGUAUGAAUUGUAUGGAGGCGGCAGAAGCACAGUUUACAGCAUGUUUAAUGUCUUCUAGUGAAAUUGAAUUAUGCACAUUUGCCAAUUUGAAUCUGGCGAUAGUGUAUUUACGAGGAAAACGCGAGGUGGAGUUUAGCUCGAUUUUGGAAAGAAUAAAUCCAGAAACGUUGCAAACACAUUCACACAGUCUCAGGGCAGCUGCGUAUUAUGUACAGGGAUUGCAAGCAUUCUUUCAGGGAAGAUACAACGAGGCGAAACGGUAUUUACGGGAAACGCUUAAAAUGGCAAAUGCAGAAGACUUAAAUAGACUGACUUCGUGUUCUUUGGUGCUCCUUGGACACAUAUUUUUAUCAUUGGGUAAUAGCAGAGAAAGUAUGAAUAUGGUCACUCCCGCAAUGCAAUUGGCGAGUAAAAUUCCAGAUGUCCAUGUGCAACUGUGGGCAUCAGCUAUAUUGAAAGAUCUCUAUAGAUUGGAUAGUGACCUGAGUGGGGAGAAUGAAGCUUAUCAGCGGCAUGUGAGCUUUUCGAAUAUGUUGCUGAACGAUCAUUUCCAAGCAACGCAGAUGGACGAACAUUCACUGAUUCAAUGGACCAGUGGACCACUACCUGCAUCACAGCCUAAUGUGGCCAGUACUUCUGCGGUAUUAAUGUGAAGUUGAGGUUUUAUGUGCUAAGUUGUAAUUUAUUUUAUAGAUCAAGUCCAAUUUUAAGAUCUUUAGUUCAUGGUAAACAUUUUAAUCAUAUAAAAAUACAUAACAUUUUAAACAA